AUGGAACCAGAAAUAAUAGAAGAACAAAUGUUUGAUGAUUCAAAUAUUGUUAAGAAUUGUGAUGAAAUAAUUUCAACAGGAAUGACUUGGGAACAAGCUAAAGAUAGAUUUGAAAUAGAUGAUUGUGAUACUAUAAGAGUUUAUAUGAAAUAUAUAAUCGUUAAACAUGGUUAUAGAACUGCAUUUGAAUUAUUAGAGAAUGAUGAUCAUUUCAUUAAUGAUAAUACUAAUAAUAAUGCUAUACCCCAAGAAUCGACCAAGUCAGAACCAUUAUUCCCUGAGUCACCCUAG